AUGAGCCUACAGGCGGCAACACCAAUACGCGUGGGCCUUGGUGUUGGACCCGGAAUGAGCACCGAUUUGGCAAACUUACCACCCAGCUACGCCGACCUCGCCGGCCCGAGAAGCUCGCUGCAGGCCUCACAAUCCCAGAGGACUCGGCCACGUAGCCAGGACGAUGACCCGGCCGAAAGUCGCGAAGAUGCAUGGAGUCCUACAGACGAUCACGCGGCAUCUGCUGGUGGUGGCCCCUCCAAGAAGCGACGAAGGAGCCGACGAGACCAGGACAAGAAGUUUGAUUGUCCCCACGAAGGAUGCGAUAAAAGCUAUACUCGCGCCGAGCAUCUAUAUAGACACCAGCUAAACCAUACACCAAAACAGAUCUUCUAUUGCGAUUUCCCCGACUGCACUCGUUCCUUUGUCCGUCAGGACCUCUGUGCCCGUCAUAAAGAGCGCCACACCGCCCGAGGCUCUCACCUGCAACGGAAAGAUGCACCUCUACACACUAUAACACCGAUGGCUAAUACAGUGCCUUUAACUGGAUCCGCGUCGACGCCUUCUUCAGCACAACCGCAGGUCCAGGCCCUAUCUUCCCCGGAUCUGCUCCGGGCUCGGAGCGAGACGUUUCUGAAUAGCAACAGGGUGGCCGCAUCGCCGGGGAGCCAUGGUCCUCACCCAUCAACUUCAUCCCCGGCACGCGCCUCAAUCGCUUCCACUUCCCCACAGGCUGGAGUCGAACAUUUGCACUCGCGGAGUCAAGGCGGUCCGCUAGGCCGCUCAAAUAGCGAUAGCAGUUACCGACCCCAGACCAGUCUACGGGAAUUGCAGGCAUCGUCUCCAAGUGCGCCGAAUCAUACACAUUUUGAGCGCCGCCCAAGCAUGACCGGCAUCGAUGCCAAUCAGCGAGUCUCUCCAAACUCUCCAGCACAUUCCAUGCCUCCGGGGACUUCAGCGGCACCAACGUACGUGGAGACUACGUGCGGAGACAAUCUGCAAUUCUCACCAUCGAUGAAUGUCACCUCAUCCGUCUCCACCUUGGGAUAUAACCACACUUCCAAUAUGACAGGGAUGAGCAACGCUGCAUUUGGACUCCAACGCCCCUAUGUGCCGCAGCAUAAUCUUUCCACGUUUUCCUCGCUUCCACCGCCCACCCAUCCGAUAGCCACCAUGACAGCCCAGGCAGUCUCUUCGGUGGCCUCCGAAGCUCCUUUCAAAACUUCUCCCCCAGCGAACACCACUGCUGAACUCGACAAUGCCAUGAGGGCUGCAGCCGGAGCGGUGACUGAUGCAAGCCUCUUGGAUCAAAUGGCAGCUUUUUCAGUUCCCAUGUUUGGUGAAGGAUACGUCCGAUCGCCGUUCAGUCUUGGCGAUAAUUUUGCUUGCUGGCUAUUUGACCCGCCGCCUUUUGGCAACGCUGGAUCUCCUCCACAAGUACAGACUCUGGAUCCGACUGGGUACCCAGGCGCAUUUGACCCGUCUGGCAUGCAGUUUCAAAGCAGCUAUUACAGCAGCGGUAUUCCGAUGGGUGGCAUGUACCCACCACCGCUACCUCCUCAGCAUCCCAUGACCGUCACCUCUAUUCUGGACACAAAUCUGCCGGAGUCUGUCUUGUCAGAGGAAAAGAGGCAAGAAAUACUGGAUCUCAUUCAAAUGCGGUUUAAUGAGACCGGCCAAGAGCCUUUUGGAAAACAAAAGGAAACUUUGCUGGACGGGGACCGCGAUCAAGAUAACCAUAUUCUGAGCUUGCAUAUGAUGCAGACUUACAUUAGCUCGUACUGGUACCAUUUCCACCCACAACUUCCGAUCCUCCACAAACCAACCUUUGUGGCCGAUCGGACUCCAAACUUGUUGCUUAUUGCAAUUAUCGCAAUUGGAGCCUCUUGCUUGGACAAGAUGCACGGAUAUGAUAUGACAACAGCCUGCGCUGAGCUUGCUAAUUUUCUCGCAUGGCAUUUACGAUGGGAGGUGUUUAGCGACGCCGACUUUCGACCACCAGCAAAAUUAUGGAUAUUUCAGACGCUGCUCUUACUGGAGCUCUAUGAAAAGAUGUACUCGACUCGGAUGCUUCACGAGCGCGCUCAUAUCCAUCAUGCAACAACCAUCACACUUAUGCGAAGAGGCAGUUCCCUGAUUGGAAGAUCGCCGCUCGAUUCGCCGCCUAGCGUCCGUGACGACAAGAGCCGUAGCAACAGCGGCUCUGUUUCUGGUGCACCAUCCGUAACCACGCCAGAGGAAUGGUGGAGCCAGUGGAUUGCCAAUGAGGCUACUCGAAGGGCGGCAUUUGUUGCAUUUGUCAUUGACUCGACGCAUGCAACCAUGUUUGGGCAUUCCGCGGUCAUGGUCGCCCACGAAAUGCGACUGCCUCUACCCUGCGACGAAGCCCUCUGGUCCGCCACGAGCAGCGCCGAAGUGGGACGCGUCGAAGCUAGUCUCCACGCCAAUGGCGUCAAGCCAUUGACUUUUCUCGAGGGUCUGAAAAAGACACUCAACGGUCAGCCUGUGCGAACAAACUCUUUUGGUCGCACUAUUCUCAUGGCCGGCUUGCUCAGCGUGAGUUGGCACAUGAACCAGCGAGACCUCCAAGUAAGCUCUCUCGGCGUCACACAAGCAUUGGGCGGACGAGACAAGUGGCGUGGCGCAUUGACUCGGGCAUUUGACUUUUGGAAGCGGGAUUUUGAUGAUUUACUCGUCUCACAACCCGACGGAGUCUCUACGCCGUAUCACUAUUCCAACGGGCUUGACGAGGAAAAUGUCUAUGAGGGUCGAACCGUAUUACAUCACCUUGCACACAUGGCUAUGCAUGUUGACACUGUCGAUUGCCAAAUAUUUGCCGGCGCAACACGCCUGCUUGGUCGGAGUAUAACAAAAGUCGACUAUCACGCCGCGCAGCGACGAAUGCGAGAAAAUUGGGCACCAUCGGCACGAGCUCGUGAUGCCACGUUUUAUGCCCUACGUUUCCUCAGACAAGUGCUUUUGCCGGAAGAGAAUCCGCAUAUUGGACCCGCAAAGGCAGCAUCGGCACCCGAGACGUUUGAUUAUUCUGCGCGCGACGAUUUCUUGCUCAAUCGGCCCUGGGUAUUGUAUUAUUCUGCCUUGAUUGUCUGGUCCUAUGGAUUUGCUCUUGAUGGAAGAGUACAGCCCGGUCAACUGCCAGACUUGAGCACCACCGAGCUCAAAGUCCGCGACAUGCGCGGCUUCCUGAGGCGCGUGGGCGGAGUCAGGUCCCCCGACGACCUUGCCCAUAUACGUGAUCGAAAUUCAUGCAUUGGAAUGCUGAUGCUGCUCAGCGACAUGUAUCAAAAAACUAGAUGGGAGCUGCUCCACGAAGGGGCAAGGCUGUUGAGCAUUGCUGGAAAGAAGUUGAAGGGUGAAAUUGAGUGA